CGCAGGAGGAGAGGAUGCAGCAGCAGCGAGUCAGCAGCAGCAGCAUCAGCGCGCGCUAUCAGUUUCAGCAGCAGCAGCAUCCUCCUCCGCACGAGACGCUCCAGUAUUAAUAACACAGUUAAUAACGCUAAUAAUCGCGACGUAAACUUUUUUUCCUCCAGUUUAUUUUUUUGCGUAUCAUUCCUACGCCCCCACCAACCCCCACCCCCUUCCACCUGGAUCUCGUGACGGUGGUCGCAAUGGUCCACGGGACGCGCGGGACCGGACCGUGCAGCGAGGGGUCAGCAGCGGUUCGGCGGUGGAAGCGCGCGCAACGGGGCGAGCUGCACACGUAAGCGCGAGAAGAAAAACAAGAAGCGCGCAAACAAGAACAGGAACGCGCAGAAACCGUGAAGGAAAACCGCGAAAACCGCGCGAGACCGUCUACAAGCGCGUCCAGCAGCGACCAGCCGGGUCCGCGAGCCUCCGAGCAUCUUCAAAGAGGAUGGGUUCCAUGGUUUGCACCAGGAGAUUAGCAUGUCUGCUCCUUCUCCUCGCCUCCACCCUCCUGCUUCUCUGCUCCGGGGAGAAGACAUGUCCCUACAACUGCCGCUGCGAGGGCAAAAUCGUCCACUGCGACUCUGCGUCUUUCAUGGAUGUACCCGAGAACAUUUCCGUAACCUGCCAAGGACUGUCCUUGCGCAACAACGACCUGCACACGAUGCUCCCCUACCAGUUCGCCCACCUCAACCAGCUCCUCUGGCUGUAUCUGGACCACAAUCAGAUCUCGUUCGUGGACAGCCGAGCUUUCCAGGGUAUCCGGAGGCUUAAGGAGUUGAUCUUGAGCACCAACCGGAUUUCCCAGCUUCACAACGCCACUUUUCAUGGAGUGCCAAACCUCCGAAGCCUGGACUUGUCCUACAACAAGCUCCAGGAACUGCAGCCAGGUCAGUUCCAUGGUCUACGCAAGCUCCAGAAUCUGCACCUACGCUCCAACGGGCUUACGACGAUUCCCAUCCGGGCUUUUAUCGAGUGCCGAAGCUUGGAGUUUCUGGAUUUAGGGUAUAACCGACUUCGCAUCCUCACUCGCACGGCAUUCCUAGGAUUGUCUAGGCUGAUGGAGCUGCACCUGGAACACAACCAGUUCUCUCGGAUCAAUUUAUUUCUCUUUCCGCGCCUUGCAAACCUCCGUGGGCUGUAUCUCCAGUGGAAUCGUAUUCGCGCUGUAAAUCAAGGCCUCCCGUGGAUUUGGUAUACCCUGCAGAAGCUGGACCUCUCUGGAAACGAGAUCCAGAGCUUGGAUCCUGUGGUUUUUCAAUGCCUACCAAACCUUCAGGUUCUUAACUUGGAAUCUAACAAGUUGGCCAACGUGUCUCAUGAGACUGUGGCAUCCUGGAUUUCUCUGACUACAAUCAGCCUGGCUGGAAACGUGUGGGAUUGUGGCCCGGGAAUCUGUCCUCUCGUCGCCUGGCUGAGGAAUUUCCGAGGAACUAAAGACACGAGCAUCAUUUGCAGCAGUCCCAAACACCUUCAAGGGGAAAAGGUUAUGGAGGCGACUAAAAAUUACAUAGACUGUGAAGAUUUCGAGCUUAUUCCACAAACGCCAUUCCCUCACUACACCCUGGAGCCAACUAUGGAAGUUACUUCUAUGCCACCCUUGCCUCCCACGACUCCCCUGCCACCCCUGCCUCCACCGGCCUCAGAGGCACCCAUCCCGCCACCUCUAUCUCAACCCAUUCCUCGUCCCACCCUACGCAGCCUUGCAGGGACCGGUCGCAGAAACACCCCCCCUCAGACGACGCCGCCCACCGACAGCCUCCUUGUGACUUCGUCCCCGGAACAAGAGAACCUAGCGUUCCACAAAGUCGUGGUUGGAGCCGUGGUGCUUUUCUUCUCGACGUCGCUCAUCUUGACGGUGAUCUACGUCUCCUGCAGGCGGUACCCCGGCGCCACCAGGUUGUUGCAACAGCGCUCGGUCAUGGGGCGAAAGCGUCGGAAAAAGAGUCCCGAGCCAGAGCAGAACCUGAGCUCCCAACUGCAGGAAUAUUACAUGAGCUACAAUCCUGCCGCAACACCGGAAGCCAUGGACGUGCUGGCCAAUGGGACUGGUACUUGCACCUGUACCAUAUCCGGCUCCAGGGAAUGCGAGAAUGAAUACACGUGUCCUAGGCCACUUCCUGGAGCCUGGAUUGGAGACAUCCCCACCAUUCACUAGCUGGAAUGUUCUUUUCCACCAAUGGGUUUUUUGACAGCGUUCCUGUUGGGUUCCUGUUGGUUUCCUGCUGGUUUCCUAUUGGGUUUCCUGCUGGAUUCCUGUUGGGUUCCUAUUGGAUUCCUGCUGGGUUCCUGUUGGGUUCCUUCUGGGUUUCUGUUGGGUACCUAUUAGGUUCCUGCUGGAUUCCUAUUAGGUUCCUGUUGGAUUCCUGCUGGUUUCCUGUUGGGUUCCUAAGUACAGCUUCGCCUCUUCAUCACGUCUUUUUUCGGCUUAUGCUGCCAAAUACCUUCCUGUACCUUUUUACCUUCCUGUACCUCCUCCUCUUCCUCUUCCUUUUCCUCCUCCUCAUCAUCAUCGCCCUCGUCAACUGUGGAAGUGGGCUUUAUUUCCACUAUAUGAAGAUGUGGGAUUGUUUAGGAACAACUAAAAAAAAAAAAGACAGCAGGAACGCCUCCAUCCACGCAUUUUACUAACACGCACGUCACGUUUCUUCGAGAUGCCUCACUUCAUCCACCUUUUUUGGGUUUGAUUUUUAUUUGAUUUUAUUUUUUGGCCUAGAACUUUGCCUAAGCUCUUCUUCUAAAUGGGACAAGGCCUUUGAGUGGAUGGUGAACACUUUGAGAACAUUGAAUAAAAGGGACACAUGGGAAUAAAAGGAUUCAAUUCCUUAUCUAUAUAUAUAUUUUACAAGUGAAUAAACCAAUGGAAGAGCAACGGACAAGCGAGAAAUGAAAGAACUGUGAUGAGACAAUUUGAUUCGAGAAGAUAUAAGACGAGAAGAUCUUCACUUCACUUCAACUAAAUGGGAAGGACUGUCCUUCUCACAAAACACACCAACAUCAAACACAAAACACAUCAUCAUACCAAUGACAUCAACCAAUGACUGCCAGUCACCAACUGUUACAUAAAAAGCCAGGCAACUUUUGAUGGACUUAACUUAUUCAGAAAAUAUACUUUAUUUGAAGAACGCCUGCAUAGAGAUAUAGAUGUUAAAACACAUGCAUAACAGUGUAAUAACGUGUUAAUAAAGCAAUAUUUCAAUAUACAGGGACCGCACAUGCCAGUAAUUCCAAGACCAAGGUCUCGCAAUGUCUUAAAUGAAAACAAAAUCGUGUGUUGGCAAUUUGUUUCAUUAAUAAUAUAUAUAU